CUGUGAAAUUGGAGGAGAGAUUUUUGCUGCUGCUCUUAAGGGAUUGCUGUUGUUAGGGGAGAAAAAAAGCAGAUUUGGAGGUGUGUAUGCAUGUGUGAGCAGUUGCAGAGUGCAUUUCACUGAGGAGUCUGACUACUGAGAAGCACUGAAAGAAGAAAGACACAGAGAGAGAGAGAGAGAGAGAGAGAAGAGGAAGCAAGAAUAGGACUGAAGUGCAGAGCAGCUGUUUCCCAAUACUCUAGUUCUUUUGGGUGCCUCAAUAAAUGUGAGCAUGGAUUCUGUCACUGAAAUCUUCCUCAAGCUGCUGUUUCUGUUACCUGUUCAUAACUGGAACACAAUAGUGGCAGGAAAUAAAUAUAAUUGUGAUGAUCAGCUGGUGUCCGCCUUGCCUCAGUCUUCAUUCAGCAGUUCAUCAGAGCUGUCUAGCAGUCAUAGUCCUGGCUUUGCAAGGCUUAAUCGAAGAGAUGGAGCUGGUGGUUGGUCUCCUCUUGUGUCCAACAAAUAUCAGUGGCUCCAGAUUGAUCUUGGUGAGAGAACUGAGAUCACUGCGGUUGCUACCCAAGGUGGAUAUGGGAGUUCGGACUGGGUAACAAGCUACCUCCUGAUGUUCAGUGACAGUGGAAGGAACUGGAAACAAUAUCAUCAAGAAGAAAUCAUCUGGGCUUUUUCAGGAAACACAAAUGCAGACAGUGUUGUGCACAAUAAACUUCAACAUUCCAUCAAAGCAAGAUUUCUCCGUUUUGUCCCCUUGGACUGGAAUCCCAAUGGUAGAAUUGGAAUGCGUAUUGAGGUAUACGGCUGCACAUAUAGGUCUGAGGUGGCUGAUUUUGAUGGGAAAAGUUGCCUGCUCUACAGAUUCAAUCAAAAAUCCAUGUCUGCCCUGAAAGAUGUGAUUUCUCUGAAGUUUAAAACAAUUCAAAGCGAUGGGAUUCUACUGCACAGAGGAGGACAGAAUGGAGAUCACAUUACAUUGGAAUUAGUAAAAGGAAAACUUUCUUUAUUCAUUAAGUUAGGUGAUGCUAAAAUUCAUUCUGCUAAUAUUACCCUGGGCAGCCUUUUGGAUGAUCAGCACUGGCAUUCAGUCCUCAUUGAACACUUUAACAAUCAAGUAAACUUUACAGUGGAUAAACAUAGUCAUCAUUUUCAUGCAAAGGGGGAACUCAAUUAUUUGGACCUUGAUUAUGAGCUCAGCUUUGGAGGGAUCCCAGUGCCUGGAAAAUCAGGGACAUUAUCACGCAAGAAUUUUCAUGGGUGUUUUGAAAACCUUUAUUACAAUGGAGUAAACAUUAUUGAUUUGGCAAAGAGACGUAAACCUCAGAUCUACAUUAUGGGCAACAUGUCCUUCUCUUGUUCAGAAGCACAGAUGGUUCCUGUCACUUUUCUGAGCUCCAGUAGCUACCUAGCAUUGCCUGGCACAUCAGGACAAGAUGAAGUGUCCAUCAGUUUUCAAUUUCGCACCUGGAACAAGGAGGGACUUUUGUUGUCCACUAAACUACACCAGACUGCAGGUGGUCUCCUCCUUUAUCUGAGUGAUGGGAAAGUUAAAAUGAGCACCUAUAAACCAGGAAAAGCACAAAGUGACAUCACUGCAGGUGUUGGAUUAAAUAAUGGCCAGUGGCAUUCAGUUUCCUUGUCUGCCAAACGAAGUCGUAUGAGCCUAAUGGUGGACAAUGAUGUAACCUCAUCUGCUCAUGCUGCUGUACCUACACAUAUUUAUUCAGGAGACACCUACUACUUUGGAGGUUGUCCUAACAAUGGCAACAGCUCUGAAUGUAAAAGUCCAUUUGCUGGUUUUCAAGGAUGUAUGAGACUUAUUACCAUUGGUAGCAAAGCAGUGGAUCUAAUUUCAGUACAGAAAAAUUCCCUUGGUAACUUCAGUAACCUUCAGAUAGACUUGUGUGGUAUUAUAGACAGAUGUUUGCCUAAUUAUUGUGAACAUGGUGGUGAAUGCACACAGGCCUGGAACAGCUUCUACUGCAACUGUACAAAUACAGGUUACAUGGGGGCUACUUGCCAUUACUCCAUCUAUGAGCAAUCAUGUGAAGCCUAUAAGCACACAGGGAACACUUCCGGCUUUUACUAUAUCGAUUCAGAUGGAAGUGGCCCCUUGGGACCGUUUCUUGUAUACUGCAAUAUGACAGAUACGACUUGGACAGUUAUACAGCACAACAAUACGGACUUAACCAGAGUCAAAAAUGCUAAUCGAGAGAACCCACAUACUGUGUUCUUCAAAUAUACUGCCACCCUAGAACAGCUUCAGGCUACAAUUAACUAUGCAGAACACUGUGAACAGGAGCUUGCUUACCACUGCAAAAAGUCAAGGCUUUUAAAUAAGCGAGAUGGGAUUCCAUUGAGCUGGUGGGUUGGAAGAACCAAUGAAACACAAACUUACUGGGGAGGAUCCUUGCCUGAUGUUCAGAAAUGUGCUUGUGGAUUAGAGGGGAGCUGCAUUGAUUCCCAGCAUUACUGCAACUGCGAUGCUGACAGAAAUGAAUGGGCUAAUGAUACUGGAUUCCUCUCUUAUAAAGAGCAUCUACCAGUAACUGAAAUUGUUGUCACGGAUACAGACCGACCAAAUUCUGAAGCAGCUUACAAGCUUGGGCCUUUGCUUUGUCGGGGUGAUAGGACGUUUUGGAAUUCAGCCUCCUUCAAUACUGAGGCCUCAUAUCUUCAUUUCCCUACUUUCCAUGGAGAACUCAGUGCAGAUGUGUCAUUUUUCUUUAAGACUACAGCUUCCUCUGGCAUGUUUUUAGAGAACCUGGGGAUUAAAGACUUCAUAAGGAUAGAGCUGCAUUCUCCAUCUGAAGUGACAUUUUCAUUUGAUGUGGGAAAUGGACCUUUUGAAGUAACAAUGCAAUCACCCACUCCCUUAAAUGACAACCAGUGGCACUAUGUGAAGGCUGAAAGAAACAUCAAAGAAGCAUUGCUACAAGUGGAUCAGCUUCCCCAAAGGACUCUCACUGCACCGUCUGAUGGACAUAUCCGUUUGCAGCUCAACAGUCAGCUAUUUGUAGGUGGAACAGCAUCCAGGCAGAAAGGAUUUCUGGGAUGUAUUCGUUCUUUGCAGUUAAAUGGAAUAGCCCUGGACCUGGAAGAGAGAGCAAAAAUAACUCCAGGAGUUGAACCAGGUUGUCCUGGACAUUGUAGCAGCUACGGUAACCUGUGUCACAAUGGAGGAAAAUGUAGAGAGAAAUACAAUGGAUUCUCUUGUGACUGCGCGUUCUCUGCUUACACCGGGCCAUUCUGUAAGAAAGAGAUUUCUGCCUAUUUUGGAGCUGGCACCUCAGUGGUGUACAAUUUUCAAGAAUAUUACACCUUAGCUAAAAAUUCCAGUUCUCAUGCUUCUUCUUUCUACGCUGACAUGACUCUGAUCAGGGAGGUAAUCUCAUUUACCUUUCGGACAACACGGACUCCAAGCUUACUGUUUUAUGUGAGCUCCUUCUACCAGGAGUAUCUCUCAGUUAUUCUUGCCAAAAAUGGAAGUUUACAGAUCAGGUACAAGCUAGAUAGCCAUCAAGAUCCGGAUGUCUUUAGCAUCAAUUUCAAAAGCAUGGCUGACGGGCUGCUUCAUCAUGUCAAGAUUAACAGGGAGGAGGAAAUGCUCUAUGUAGAGAUUAACCAGAAUGAAAGGAUGCAAUUCGUUCUGUCUUCAGGUACAGAAUUCAAUGCAAUCAAAUCCCUUGUACUUGGCAAGAUUUUAGAAAGUAAUGAUAUAGAUCAGGACACAAUGAAGGCAAACGCUCUGGGGUUUAUUGGAUGUCUCUCUUCAGUGCAGUUCAACCACUUUGCUCCUUUGAAGGCUGCAUUGCAUCAUACCAGCUCAGCACCAGUCACUGUAAAGGGACGCUUCACUGAAUCUAACUGCGGUACAUCAACUGGAGCUGACUCAACAUCAAGUGAAACAACCCAUUCAUUUGCAGAUCAUUCUGGACCAAUAGAUGAGGGAGAGCCCUUAGCUAAUGCAAUCCGAAGUGACUCUGCAAUUAUUGGAGGUGUGAUAGGAGUUGUGAUAUUCAUCCUGCUUUGCAUCUCUGCCAUAGCUGUACGCAUUUAUAAAAAAAAAAGCGUAUAUAAAAAAAAUGAGGCAAAAGGAUCAGAAAAUGAGGACAGUGCCGAGACUGCCCUGAAAUGUGAGCUCAGCAUGCAAAAUACAGUCAACGAAAAUCAAAAGGAAUACUUCUUCUGAUUGGCAUUUAUGAUUUAAUUUAAUAUAAUAAUGACAGUCUGACUUUCUUGCUAAGCCAGGGGCUCUCAAUGGACAAAAAAGCUCUUGCACUCAAAGUAAAUGCAAUGGAUUUGAGACCUAUUAUACUGCAUAUGUUCAGUCUCAGUGAUUGCUAUAGGAGGCCUCUUUAAAUUACAUGAAUUCUUUAGCUAUUAUACCGUAAAUGCAUUUUAUGUAACAGUGAAAUAGAUAUUGUAACCAAUUUCAUUGUUGGUAGUUUCCGACUGUUCUGAUGUGACCUUCUACAACUGAAUUUUAACGUGAAUGCUGAAUAUGGUUUUUAAGUGGGAGAAUUGUUAAGCUAUUGCCCCCAUCCAUCUCUUUAAAAUCUGUGAUUCAGGCAUUUUGUUCAAGGUCAAAGUUGAACUGUAACGUUUACUUGAGAAACUCUGCUAUGUUGCUUUAUAGUGAUCCCCAGUGGCUUCCUGAUAUUGAAUCCCUUUUCCACCACUGUUGGCCAGUGUCAACUUCUACUCGUGAGCCAUCAACCCAGAUACCCAAAACUAAACAAAACCCUUACUUAUUUUUCCAUGUGAAAUGACCAAUUAUGACAUUAACAGAUCAGUUUCUAACCUGGCUAUGGAGAAUGGGGUAAUUGGAUCCAUUUGGCCCUUUUUAUUCAAUUGGACACACUGAUAAUCUUUAGCUACUGAAUUUAAUUUUGAAGUUUGCAGUUCUAUCAGGGUGCAGGCUGAAGUGUGCACAAAGUGUGCCACUAAAUUAUACAAGCUCUUUCAUGACGUGUUUGGCAGUGGAUUGCAGCAAGUUACCACAUUAUUUGUAUAAUCCAGCACCCUCUGAGUGCUCCUUAUUUGUAAAGAUGAGUAAAAUAUCAUUCACUUACUGAUUAUCAUUAAUAAUAACAGCAGAAGGUGGACAAAUAUAGUACCAGGGCUGGUAAAUUUUGGAAAUUUAUCAAUGCAGCCUAAAUGUAAUUGUCUCCCUUCACUACAAAAGGUGUGCUCUCUGAAAGCAGCAGAUAUAUGAUCUUCCAAGUCCCGAGGUUAAUUUGUAUAAAAUAAAGGAAAUCAGUUUCUCUUUUUGAUCCUGGUAAGAUAAGACAUUUUAAAAAUAGCACACUUCCUGAUGCUCUAAUUCUCUUGCACUGCACUCCAUAAUAAUACCUAAUAAUACCUCAGUGAGAUAUUACAGUAAAUUAUAAUAACUUCCCUUCAAAGCCAAACAUAUAGAAUAAUUAGGAGAAAUUUUCAAAAGUCUGGCCUCUAAGCCUGAGCCAUUCUGGGACAUAAGCUUUUCUGGAGUUACUAAGGGUUGUGUGUCUAAAACCUGGAUUUAAGAAUGCAAAUAUAAUUUCUGUCUGAAAAGAUAGGGUUGGGAUUUUAGAAAUUACUGAGUGCUGACCUAACUCUGCUUUCAUUGAAACCAAUGGUAGCACCCACUGAGUCAAUGGGACUCUAGGGUUAGCUCAACUCUGAACACUUUUGAAAAUCCCACCCUAGAUGUCCAAAUACAUUAUCUGAGCCCAAAAGUUUGAGGCAGUUGGCCAAAAAUGUGCAUGUGUAAAAUUGCUUUACAGAAAUUAUGGGUGUAAAUUUAGAGGUGAGUUGAGGUCUCUUUGAAAAUAUAUUCCUUUAGGUUUGUUUUCCUUCCUCACUUUUAUUAACUCCUCACUGGAGUCUCACAAUCCCUUUUCUACUGUCUUCUUUACAGCUCCGCUUCAUGUCUAGGAGUACAUUUCUCCCCUUUUUGUUGACACUGGAAGCCUUUUCAAACACACAUCCUUUAGCCACACAGUCUCCUUCUGUCCCUCUUCUUUAUUCAGUGCUGAGUUUUUCCUACAUUUCCUGGGUCAUAACCAUUAAACAUUGUUUUAUUGCAAUUGCAUCUAGUCUGGUUUAAACUCUCCCUCUUCUCCCCCUGCCCCAAACCUGUUCUUUAAAGAGGGAAGCACCUUGUCCCUCUUUAAAGCCCUGAGCCAAAGUGUAUUGAAUUCAAUGGGCAUCUUUCCAUUGCCUUCACUGGGCUUUGGAUCAAAUCCCUCUAUCACUAAUGACUCUGCCAAUAUUUUCCCUCCUCCAUAGCGCUGGUAUGAAUGUCCCACUCUCCUCUAUUCAUUAUGUGCAACUGCUAUUCCAAAUAAACACUUGAUGUAAGAACCCCAUUUAAGCUACCUAUACCUUUACCAGUCAAGGGUGCAGCAGUGACCAUAUGGGACAGGACUAAAUUCUUUAUGAUAUUGGGGAUCUCAAUGUGUUGGAUGCUGCCACCACAAAGAAAUAUUUGAUUGAAUUAUAAGAGACACUAUACUUUGUGGGCACUUCCCAUAUACUUUUCAGAUUGUAAUAGGAACCCAAAGUGUAUCCACACCAGGACAAGUUGGAAAUAUACAAAUUUAACAUUCCAGUUGCCUGUUGUUUCUUCCUCCAUUUGUUUGUUUUAACUUUGUUUUUAAGUGUCAAAAUGGAAAGAAAAGCUGCUUCUUUCACUUUGUCAGGAGAAUGAUUGUAGUCUUUCAUUAUUCAUUGAUGGGUGUUUAAAAAAAAAAGGCAACAGGAAGGCCAUAGUUCAGUAAAGACCCAUUUUGCAAAAUAAUUAAAUAUGAAAAAAAAAUCCCUGUGUGAAUGACACACUAUGUUUAAGAACUUUUAUGGCAUUUUACUGUGUGAAGAAAAGAAAAAAAAACAGGUGGGGGUUGUUGAAUGCACAUCUACACAUUUGUAGCAUACAGUAAUUGCAUCUCUCAGAAGGAAUAAAUUUCCAUUUUCUGCCAUAGAAAGACUGAUCAUAUAUUCAUAGAUGGAGUCCGUCCGGUAUAUACAAGUUCAGAGUCAAUGAAACAACAUUAUCCACUAUUUGCUGCCUUUUUAUGGGUACAACAAAAUGGUGGCACCAAAGUGCACUGAUACAUUGUACACCAUUGUGCUGUCCCUUCCUUGACCCUCUUAUCCCAAUGUGUAAUCUUUUGCCUCGUUCUGUUAAUAAAACAAUUUUUAAAAGAAAGUGAGGAAAAUAUUUUUAAAAAUUUGUAUAAAAAAGUUUAAAGUUAGGACAAUAUACUGAUUCUCUCUUUUUUUUUUUUCUUAAAGCAGUAAAAAAAGUAGAAGUGCAUAUAA